UCAGUCAUCGUGCUCCUUCCCAAACCUAUACUUGGUUAGCGUUAAGACACCUUAUUUGGCGCUAACACGGGGGCAGCGAACAGACGAGAUACUGUAGAGCUCUGACAGUGCCACCUGAUCUUAACGCUAGCCAGGCACAAGCUCCUUAUCUAAUCGUGCUCCAAGUGCGGUUCAGACUAUAACCCCGCUCCCCCUGCCCAGAGAUACAGAGAUAAGCCCGACAUUGCAGGAGGAGCUGUCAGGUGUUAUUUCCCCUCAUCCUGUGCAUCUUCAACCAUUUCAGUGACUCAUUGACGAGAGCGUCGUGGCUUCGCGAAUUCUGAUGGCUGAACUGGAAACGUACCUCCUCUGGGCCGCUGGCGAAGAGAAGGUUGGGGGAGCCGACCUGAUUUCUAUCGAAGACCCAGCAACAGGAGAAAUGUUCGCAUAGUAAGUGAAUCGCCAUCAAAUAAAUCUACUACGAUCUAACCACCUAAAGCUGUCAUGCUGCGUCCAGAGAGGACGUGGAGUUCACUGUCGCUGCCGCCCACGCUGCAUUCAAAUCUGGCAUCUGGUCUCGGGCAAGUUGCCACCACCGCGCCGAUGUUCUCGAGAGAUGUGCAUCCCUCCUCUCAGAUGCCCUGCCGAAGCUCAUAGCAGUCGAAUCAAAACAGACGGGAAGAGUGAUCAAGGAGAUGCAGGCUCAGGUUCCCUCGCUGGUAAAAUGGUUCAAAUACUACGCCUCAUUACUUCGUGUUGAAGAGCGAUCCGUUCUCCCCACUAUUGGGAAACUGCACAACUUUGUCGACAGGGUUCCACUAGGAGUGGUGGUGCAGAUCACCCCCUUCAACCAUCCGCUCCUCAUCGCGGUGAAGAAAGUGGCCCCUGCGCUUGCAGCUGGGAAUAGCGUUAUUCUCAAGCCAAGCGAGUGGACACCCCUGACAUCGCUGAUGCUAGGGAAGAUUCUCGCCGAGGCUGGCAUUCCAGCCGGUGUGUUUAGUGUCUUGCCCGGCUACGGCGUGACAACGGGCAAGGCUCUCGUUUCUCACCCUCUGGUCAGGAAGGUAGACGUUACUGGAGGGACAUAUGCGGGCAGAGCGAUCGGGUCAAUCGUGGGCGGCAACCUGGCCAAGUACACUGCCGAGCUUGGGGGUAAAGCGCCUCUGGUCGUAUUUGACGAUGCAGAUAUUGACAUUGCCGUGAAUGGCAUUGCAUUUGGAAGCUUUAUCGCGAGCGGACAAACUUGCAUCGCCAGCACAAGGAUCAUUGUGGACAAAACAAUCGAGACUCAGCUCCUGGAGAAGCUUGUGGCUAAGGUUGAGGGGAUCAAGAGGAGGAUGGGGAAUCCACAAAAUCCCAAAUCCGUGAUGGGGCCCCUCGUAUCCGCAAAGCAGCUUGCAAAUGCGGAGAGACUGGUUGACCAGUCCAUCGCCGAUGGGAAAGCCGUAUCUCUGACUGGAGCCAAGCGAAUGAUGGGAAAGAGUGCAUUGGAUGGAUUCGACCUCUCGAACGGGUAUUUUUACGAGCCUACCAUUCUCGUGCCUCCUGAAAGCAACGAGAAUAUCACCGACGCACCAAUCUGGCGAGAAGAAGCGUUCGGGCCAGUGGUCGUUGUUGUUGGUUUCAAUACCGAGGAGGACGCUGUGAAUCUAGCGAACGAUACUGAGUUUGGGCUCGGAGCUAGUAUUUGGACGAAGGAUCUCUCGAGGGCAUUCAGGGUGUCUCAACAGAUCGAGGCUGGAAUCGUCUGGGUAAACACCCAUCAUCGGAACGAUCCCAGCAGUCCCUGGGGAGGUGUCAAAGCCGCGAGUGGCGUUGGAAGUGAGAAUGGAGUUGACGCAUAUCACGCUUACACAAUGACCAAGAGUACCAUCAUCAAUUUUGCCUCCGCCGAGGAGUCCAUUGCUGCAGAUGACUGGUUUGGAGAAGACGUCAAAGAUGUUAGAUAUGGUUGAAGCGGAUAUAUCUU